AGAGAGAAGAAGAAAUCCAAAAGACGAAAACAUGAAAAACAUAAGCACAAUUCUCCAUCUAGUGAUAACAGUUCAGAUGACAGCCUUGCUUCAGAUGUUGAACAUACAGAAAGCUCCCGUAAAAAAGGAGCUGGUUUCUACAGGGAUUAUAACAUUCCAUUUCCUCAGCGUGGCCAUAUAUCAGGAAGUUACAUGACAUCCCCCAAAGAUCCACAUAACAAAAAAUUUAAAAAUAAAGAAUAUGAUGAGUACAGUACCUACAGCGAUGACAACUUUGGUAACUACAGCCAGGAAACAGAGGAAGAUUUUGUCAAGCAACUGAAACAGUAUAGACAAGCCAAAGAAAUCUCAAAUUCUGCUGUAGGAUCAUCAUUUUCUAAAGAACCAGGGAAAAAGCAGAGAAUGAAAGGAUUCCAACAAGGUCUUGAACCGAGGAUUAAAAGUUAUAUUGGUCGAGGACAUGAUCUGCAGAAGAAAAUCAAACGCAAAGACCGUGGGGGAAGAUCGAAUAAAGGCCCUAAUAUUUAUUCAGGAGUGGAUGACUUUCACGAGAAUAAUAAACCAGGGAAAAAAUGGAAAGUUAUGACUCAGGAAUUUAUUAAUCAGCACACAGUGGAACACAAAGGAAAACAGAUCUGUAAAUACUUUCUGGAAGGAAGAUGUAUUAAGGGAGAUCAGUGCAAAUUUGACCAUGAUGCAGAAUUGGAGAAGAGAAAAGAGAUCUGCAAAUUUUAUUUACAAGGAUAUUGUACCAAAGGAGAAAACUGUAUUUAUAUGCAUAGUGAAUUCCCCUGCAAGUUCUAUCAUACUGGAGCAAAAUGUUACCAAGGAAACAACUGUAAAUUUUCUCAUGAUGAUCUGACUAAAGAAACAAAGAAACUUUUGGACAAAGUGUUGAAUACUGAUGAAGAUCCCACAAAUGAAGAUGAGAGAGAAUUAGAAGAACUUAGAAGACGUGGCAUAGCUCCUCUUCCCAAGCCGCCUCCAGGAGUUGGGCUCCUGCCAACCCCUGCAGAACAUUUUUCCUUUUCUGAACCUGAAGAGGAUUUUCCAACAGAUCUCUCUGAUGAUUUCAAGAAAAUUCCAUCUCUCUUUGAAAUUGUUGUAAAACCUACUGUGGAUUUAGCACACAAGAUUGGGAAAAAGCCACCAGCAUUUUAUAACAGUGCCUCACCACCAGGAUCACAAUUUCAGGGAAGCAGCCCACACCAUCAGCAUAUCUACAGUUCUGGGUCCAGUCCAGGUCCUAUACCUACUAUGUCUCAGGGAUGCAGUAGUCCUGUGAUGCACCCAGGCUCCCCUGGCCAUCACCCUUGUGCAGGACCUCCUGGUCUACCAAUGCCACCAAGCCCACCUUUGCCACCUGGUCCACCUGGAGGUGUAGGCACACACAGCCAAUCUGGAGUACUUGUUCAACCAGACCCACCUUUGACACCACCGAGUAUGAGUGGUGCUUACCACUGCGCAGCCUUUCAAGGACACAUGAUGAGUGCCCCUCGAGAGAACCACUCUCCUCCAGGUUCAUCACAUCAGCACAGCCCUAGUGAAAUGCAACUCAACACCAGUUAUGAGUCCCUACAAAACCCAGCUGAGUUUUAUGAUAAUUACUACUCACAUCACGCCAUCCAAAACUUCCAGCUUCCCAAUAGCUCCAGUGAAGAGAUGUGGCCUGGUGAAUUUGUUCAGCAUCAGCCUCCCACUGCUCAAGACCCACAUAACCACGGGAGUGGGUCUGACGGCAGCAGUGCAACAGUCCAAAGCUCUUUGACCGCGCCAAGUCUCUUCCCUGCCGUGCAGAGAGCACUUUUUGUGAGACUUACUCAGAAAUACCAAGAAGAUGAAGAACCAACCAACUCCGAACCGCACUGGGCACCAAGCAGGGAAGAAGAUGAUACUGUUAACUGGUAUUCCAGCAGUGAAGAGGAAGAAGGGAGCAGCAGUGUCAAGUCCAUACUGAAAACAUUACAAAGACAAACAGAAACUUUAAGGAACCAGCAACAACCUCCCACCGAAGUCAGCACUCCUACUGAUCCAAGACUUGCUAAAGAGAAAAGUAAAGUCCACCACGUGGCUGACCCUAGACUUAGGACUCUCCCAAGGCAAGGUGUUAGAAAACCUUCUGAGUCCGCUCCACUGGAUCUCAGGCUUGCGUGGGAUCCCAGGAAAUUAAGAGGGAAUGGAAGUGGUCAUGGAAGCUCUUCUGUUGGUAGAAACAAGUGUGAUGUACGGCAUGCAAAUGUUUGUGUCAAACCCAAAAAAGGAGAUGAUGAUGAAAAUGCAGAAAGAGAACUGAGAGAAAAGGCUGUCUUUAUACCAAUGGAUUCUUCACCUGGGAUAAUUCUCCAGGAUCCAAGGUCACAACUGAGACAGUUCAGUCACAUUAAAAUGGAUAUUAUACUAACUAAGCCAAACUUUGCAAAGCACAUCGUGUGGGCUCCAGAAGACUUACUGCCAGUACCUUUACCUAAACCUGAUCCAGUAUCUUCAAUCAAUUUACCUCUUCCCCCUCUUAUAGCUGACCAGAGGCUCAAUAGGUUAUGGGACACAAAAAGUGAUCUUCAUCAAAACACAGUGCCCAUUGAUAUGAAAUUAGCAGCCAAAGCCAAAAAUAACACACACAGAGAAGGCUACCUAGAACAAUUUGGAGACUUACAUAGUUCAGGAAGUAAAUUAGGAGAUCCCAGGCUUCAAAAAAAUUUUGAUCCUAGACUUCACAGAUUGCCCAGUACCAACUCCCAUCAGAUGGUUACGAAGGAGUCACAUACAUCUAAGGGUAUGUUCAGCAAGCAAGGGUGUCAUUUAGCAAGACCCAACCCAGGUUCAUCACAGCCUCCAGGGACAGUAAGUAGCAAUUCUGGGUCUGCAGUUCUGCCUCCAUAUGCCCCUAAACUGUCAUCUUCAGCUGGCCUUCCCCUGGGAACUUCAAGUUCGGUUCUAAGUAGUAUUAGUUUGUAUGAUCCCCGGGAGCCUAGUUUAUCAUCUACAUCAGAGGUAGCAACAGUCUCCUUAGGAGAAAAUGCAGAAAACCAGAGAAAGAGUGGUGGUAUAAAAAGUGGUGGCAAAAAUGAGCUUUCUCCUCCAGAAGCAAUCCUGCCACAAAAAACCACUUCAGAUUUGGAAGCCAUGAGUGAUGGGCCAGCUGGCCCCCAGGCAGAGAUUGUCAGGAGUUCUGGUAAGGUUCAGGCCCCAGCAGUGCAUAGUCUUCCCAUCCCAGCAUUAACAGGCUUAAUUAGAGCCCCGUACAGCGAUCCAAGGCAGGCCCGGCAGCAGGGACAGGUGAGCCCAACUCUAGCUCAUGAUCCCAAUAAAGAAGCAGAUGACAAAUCUCUGAAAGAGGUUUUCAAAACGUUUGACCCAACUGCUUCCCCAUUUUGUUAGCAAUUGUAUUACUGAGCAAUUCUUUUCACUCUAGUGAGGAUUACAGCCCUCUGCUGUUUUGUAACUGGUUUACCUCUAUAGUUUAUUUAUUUUUAAAUUAUAAGCACUUUUCAGCUGCUCAUAUUAGAACCACCUGAAGUUAUAUCCCCUAAAGCCUGUGGUAUUUUAUAUAAUAUUUUUGUAACUUUAAGAAGUAGUAAUCGACAUAGAAUCUUAUAAAUCAUGUUAGCGUCAAUAAAAUAUAUUGAUUGUAAAUAAAGCAUCAUGAACUCAACAUUCUGCCUGGGCAUAUGCCAGUCGUCUUUCAUAAUCAAUGGCUAGAUUUAAAAAUGACCACUUUUAUAUGGUUUAGUUCCAAGCAAUAUGAUGUACAUUACUUUUGAGAACCAGUAUUUUGACUAGGAUUCUAUUUGUCAGCACAGAACUGAUUAAUAUAUAAUGUUAGCUGCUAAUUGAAAUAUAAAACGAACUAAAGAAAUCAUCUUAAAAUCAUGGUUAACAGAACUUCUUGGUAAAGGCGUCACUUUUAGUAUUGGCAAUAUUAUUUGUGUAAAUAAAGCAUUUGAAUGUCAUAACUUUUUAAAAGUAUUUUAUUGUAAUCUGUAUAAAAGAAGUUGAAAGCAUAUAAAUAGAUUGUUUUGCUAAAGUGAAAAACUCCCCAGUUCUCUAACAUUAAUUUAAUUUUUCAUAUUAAUGAGUUUAUGUUGUGUUACAUUGUGAUAUUUAUGUAUUUCAAUGUAUUUUUAUCAUUAGCAUAGUUUAUAUUAACUUUUUCAAAUAAUGUAGCUACAAUAAUUGUAUUCAUCAUGACUUUGGCAAAUUUUAACAAAAUUUUAAAAGAUCCAGUGAGAGUGUAGUGAUUAUUACAUUGAAGGUAUUUUAAAUGUCCAAGUAGCAUCUUUUUACUUAGAUAGCAAGAAAGCGCCAAGGUUGCUGGCACGGUCAGCUGUGUAUGACUCCCAAUAAAGACUCUUCAGACCUCCCUCAACUGGCAUUCUGUAACGGAGACCGCCUGGCGUUUGAAGUAUGUAAUGUCUUUGGAGUUUGUUAUUUGCCUAACUUGAUUGGAAGUUGUUUUUUGUGUGUGAAAAAAAUAACUUGUAUUGGU